UCUCCUUGAAUUAAGGAGAAGAUGGAGGUGCCACCAGUCAGCAGUAAAGAUAAUGGUGUAUCUCAUGUUCUGACUCUAGCGCUGCAAGAGCUCAGCUUGCUCUGUAAGAGGGAUGUCAAUGGCGUGGGCAUGCUCUAUGAGCUGCUCAGAUCUCGCUGGCUGCAAGCACUGCUCAAGAUUUAUGAAUGCCUCCAACAAUAUCUUGGAAAAAGACCAGCUCCAGUCACACUGCAGGCACGUGCGUUGAGUCGUGAGGUGGUAGAGUUGCUGCAUGAAGCCCCUCCGUCAGGAGAGGUCAAAGAGCUAAGACGGCUACUGCGUUCUCCACACUUCAAGGCCUUGCUAUCUGCUCAUGAUACUGUGGCCCAGAAAGAUUUUGAACCAACCCUUCCACCAUUGCCAGAAAACAUACCUGAAAAUGAAGAAGCUAUGAGGAUUGUCUGCUUAGUGAAAAACAACCAGCCUCUGGGUGCCACCAUUAAACGCCAUGAGAUAACAGGUGACAUAACGGUUGCCCGUGUGAUCCAUGGUGGGCUGGCAGACAGAAGUGGGUUGCUGUAUGCUGGAGACAAACUGGUGGAAGUAAAUGGAGUUCCUGUUGAGGGACUUGAGCCUGAGCAAGUCAUUAAUAUUCUGGCCCUGUCUCAGGGGACAAUUAUGUUCAAAUUAAUUCCAGUUUCUGAUCGGCCUGUCAGCAACCAAACAACAGUGUACGUGCGAGCAAUGGCAGAUUACUGGCCCUUGCAAGAUCCUGCCAUACCAUGUGCUGAUGCAGGUUUGCCUUUCAAGAGGGGUGAAAUACUCCAGAUUGUGGAUCAGAAUGAUGCUCUCUGGUGGCAGGCCAGGAAAGUUUCAGAUCUCAGUGCCUGUGCUGGACUCAUACCCUCAAAUCAUCUUCUUAAAAGGAAGCAGCGAGAGUUCUGGUGGUGUCAGCCCUUCCAGCCCCACCUCUGUCUCAAAUCAUCAAUGUUAAGCACUGUGGAAGAAGAGGAUGACAUGCAGAUUGACGAAAAGUGUGUGGAAACAGAUGAAGAAACAUUUGAGUCAGAGGAGCUUAAAGAAGAAGAGGAAGAAUUUGGUGAAUUUGGUCAACGAGUCUUUAUUGCUGGAUUCCGCAGGAGCAUGCGGCUGUGCCGCAGGAAGGCCCGGCUCCAGCAGCAGUCCUGCUACUCCCGCUGCCCCAGCAGCUGCUACAGCGCCCUGGCCGCUCCCUACGAAGAGGUGGUCAGGUACCAGCGGCACCCGACAGACCGGCACCGGCUAAUUAUCCUCGUGGGUCCCGCAGGAGUUGGUGUGAAUGAGCUACGGCGAAGGCUAAUCACAAGUAAUCCACGAGAGUUUCAAAGUGCCACACCUCACACCACUCGUGUUCAGAAAAGUUAUGAAAUGAAUGGUCGUGAAUAUCACUACAUAUCGAAGGAAACUUUUGAAAACAUGGUGUAUAGUCACAGAAUGCUGGAAUAUGGGGAGUACAAAGGGUACCUGUAUGGUACCAGUAUUGAUGCAGUGAGAACAGUCCUUGAUGCAGGGAAGAUCUGUGUCAUAGAUUUAGAACCACAGGGUAUACAAAUAGCCCGGACCCAUGAGUUAAAGCCCUACGUUAUAUUCAUCAAGCCACCCAGCAUAGGCUGCAUGAGGCAGACUCGUAAAAAUGCCAGGAUCAUUACAGAUUAUUAUGUGAACAUGAAGUUCAAGGAAGAAGAUUUACAGGAGAUGGAAGAAUCAGCUAAGAAAAUGGAAGCUCAGUUUGGUCAGUUCUUUGAUCACGUGAUUGUGAAUGACAAUUUACAAGAAGCAUCUGCGCAGCUGCUCUCUGCAGUACAUCGUGCACAGGAUGAGCCCCAGUGGGUCCCUGCAGUAUGGAUAUGCUCAGACAAUCAGCCCUAA